AUGGCAAACACAGAGAAUGCUUCAGAGAAGGAUAUCCUUAAAAAAUUCACAGAAGAAGUAUUUCGGUUUACUGCAGCAUGCAUGAAUUCUCGAACAAACGGAACUAUCCAUUUUGGAGUCGGAGACAAGCCACAGUAUGAACAUGGACAAAUUAUUGGAUUAGAGUUGAGAUCUCCUGAUAAAUACAUUGAUGAAUUUGAUAAGCGUCUCGAGGAGUACUUUGAAGAAAACACCAAUGUUGCCAAGACAUGCAUUAGGCCUCCCAAAUUCGUUCAGGUAAAAUGCCCAGACAACAUCAAUGUGGACAAGUGGGUUAUUGAAGUAGACGUUGUCCCAAAUUAUUUUGAAACUUUGGAAAAACUUUUUUAUACGGUCACAGUAAAGGAGGAGGUGAAGAAGAAGUGCAAAACAGAAUGCCUUUUUAUUCGCUCUGGGGCAAGAACCAUCAAUAUUCUUGCUGAUAAAAAUCCUAGGUCUGUUCAGGAGAAAAUGAAGAAAGUAACAGAUGAUGUGAAGUCUUGGGCUUUAUCUAGAAAGUCAGCAGAGGAGAGGGACAGCGAGUCUAUAGGACAAAGCUCUCAAGGUCAGAGACUUAAACAACUCAUCACUCAUGGGAGGGACAUCCUGGAAAACUCUUUACAGUUUAUUGUCAUCACAAACAAGUGUCAUGUCAGUCAGCUAGAGCAUUUGAGUUUUUUGAAAGAGCUUAAAUUGUUUGUGGUCCUUGAUUUUGAUCCAGAGUCCCAAAAGAAUGGAACCUGUAGUUACUAUCGCAAAGAUUGUAUGGCUAAUAUACACUACCCACGGUUGUACAACACUGCAGACAAUAUCUCUUCAAUUAUUAGCAAACUGAACUUGUUUAAACAGACCAGCUGGGUUUUUUGUAAUGGUCAAGUCAAUGAAACUGAACCAGAUAUGCCUUUCAGCGAUGGUGAAUGGCUGAAAAAACGUGCCACAGAAGUCAGUGAAAUGAUUUCUUUAAUUUGCAAGCCUGACAUUAUAUCAAAGGAGAAAUUAGUGGUUAUGUUUUUACUCCACUCAGCUGUGAAUGACAUUUCUAGCCCAAUCACCGAGACAUUCUGUGCAAUUUACCAAAAACUUGAAGGGGAUGACAACAUGCUUUGUAUUUGUAAAGAUUUAACAGUAUUUGAACAAUGGAAACACGUAGUACAAACUCGGUGUAAAGUUGAUAUCACAAGUAAAUGUAUUUACGAGUUAAGUCUGAAUGAGAUCAAUUGCACCAUUCAGAAAACAAGGGAGCCUCAGACAAGUUCAGUGAACAGAUACCUGCCCUCCUUUGGCUCUAGCUCAGUCCUUCUUACAAAAAAGGAUCAGGCUCAGAUGACAGUCCUUGAAAUACUUGCCGAGAACGAAUGUGAAAAUACAGAGAUUGAAACAAUAGAUUCUUUCAUGCAAUUCAAGAAUAAAACUGAGGAAGACUUUUACAGAGGUGGCCAAGUGAAAUGGUGGAACUUCUACCUGUCAGAAAGACCAGGCUCCAUUCCAUUCAUAAAACGUGAUAAGUAUGAGGAACUACACAACCUCAUAACACCAACAGAGGGUUACUCAUCCCCAUGUAUAAUAAUUAACCUGUUCCAUCACCCUGGCUGUGGUGGAACUACACUGGCCAUGCAUGUGUUGUGGAACUUGAGACGAAAAUUCAGGUGUGCUGUCUUGAAAAAUAAUUCUGCGCAAAGUAGUGAAAUAGCAGUCCAAGUCACACAAUUGCUGACCUAUGGAAAAGAAGAACCAUCAACUUACACUCCUGUUCUCCUUUUAGUGGACAACUGGGAAGAUGUCGAGGACCUACAGCGGUGCAUACUCUGUGCAGCACAUGAAAAAAAAAAACAGGAGAGUUUAAUUGUGAUCAUCCUUAACUGUGAGAGGUCACAGUUUCCGAGUGAGAGCUCCAGAAAGAGCAGAAUUGACAGUGUUUUCAUUACCAACAAACUUUCCACAAAGGAGCAGGCCUUUUUCCAGAUGAAGCUGAAGGAACUCAAAGGCCAUCAUGAAAAACCUGAAACAUUCUAUGCCUUUAUGAUCAUGACUAAGGACUUCAGUGAAAAAUACAUAGAAAACCUUGUAUGCAACAUUCUCAAAGACCUUGAUGUCUCAAAAAGGGAAGGACAGUUACUCUCAUUCUUGGCACU